UGUCUGGCUUAAGCAGGGCCCAGAGACCAUGUGCUGUUGAACAGUCAACCCCAAAGCUAUGGGACUGUUCAACCAAGCAGAGCUGUGUCCUUAUCCGGCAGCCUUGGAAAAGGGACAACUUCUGGAUGAGCAGAAAUGCAGCCGGUCACCGGAUUGCGAGGGUUUCCCAGCUCCAAGCAGUGCCGAAGGGGACUCCGUUUUUUCAGAAAAUGACUCUCCGACAGGAAGCCAUUCCAGUGGCUGUGCGGAAGAUGACGAGGCCAGUAGCACAGAGAGUGCCCAAAAUGGGCCUGAGGGUCUUUGUAGUGGAAGUGAUCCUAAAGGCGACCAACGUGCGGCUCUGAGCAAAAUCUCAGCUCUUGAAAACCGGCUCAAGGAGCUGCAUCAUCGGAAGAACGAGCUGAAUAUAGAGAUGGACCUGGAAGGUGCCUUGUUAGAAGGGGAACUGCAGGAGGAGAGGCAGGAGCUACGUCGGGAGGAGGAACGGCUGGUGGAACUGAAAGAACGUCUCGUUGAGACAGAGCUCAGGUGCGGUGAAGAACGUGAGAAGGAGAAGGCACGUCUACAGCGAGAACGUCAGAGGGUAGAGGAACUCCAGAGGCAGCAUGCUGAGUCUCAGAGCCACCUAAACAACCAGCCGGAAUUGAUGCGUGAACGAAUGCAAAAACAACUACAGGAGACAUCUGAGAUGCUAGAAGGAGCCCUGAGAUGUUAUGAAGACCUGGAGUUCCAGCAACUAGAGCGCGAAAGCCACCUAGAAGAGGAGAAAGAAGCUGUUUGUCGUGCUCUGACUGAAGAGAUCACCCAGUUGCAGAAUAGCAUUAACCAAAGGAAGAAGAGAGUCCAGAAGUUGGAAGGCCAAGCCCUUUUAACACAAGAACAAAUGAUGGGUGUGUGCCAGAGAUUUGCACAAGAAGAGGGAGAGGCUGUCAGCCAUCUCAAUGCGGAGAAAAGCCGCCUCAUGGAUAGGAGCCAGGAGUAUUCAGCGAAUGGGGAGGACCUGUCAGAAAAUAAGGAGGGUGUGACCCAGCUGACUUUUACCCAAAAAACGGAUCGGAAGGUCAUUGUCUUGGGCUCCGACCAGUCGGAUUCGUCCUCCUGUGUCUUUUCCGUCUGCAGUUCUGUCAAGGGUUCGAUUGGACUGCAACGGACCGCCAGUCUACCUCGCAGGAGCAGGGAUCGCGUCCCACCCCGCCCUCCUCAACGUCCCAUUUCAAUGCAUGGUGCUCUGGAUCCCAGUCUUCUGGUGGCUCAACUCUCCAGUGGAAGCAAGGGCCAUUAUCUGGGAAGUCCAAACCUUCAAUUCUCACGUUACAACAAACCCCUUUACCAGCUGCUGGGUGGCCAGGCAACUACCAGGCAGGUGGGAACAACCCCUCAAGGAGCUUACAGCCUUGAAAACUGUGUCACCAAACUGGCAGAGAUGGAACGCCGGGUGCGGGAAGCCAUGGCUGAACGAGAACGAUUGCUGCAAGAAAGGGAAGCGAAGAAAGUAGCGGAAGAAGUGAAGCGCAUUGAGUUGUCCUCGUCGAACAUGAUCCACAACCCCAUGGAGAUCCGGGAACCUAAGCCGGCUGCCUUUGACCUGCGGAAACAUCUGGAGGCGUCGGGGCAUAGCAUCGAGACUUGCCAGCACGUGAGGGUGACUGGCAAAUCUUGCAAAGGUUACCUAGUCAAAAUGGGCGGGAGGAUCAAGACUUGGAAGAAGCGUUGGUUCACUUUUGAUCGCCAGAAGCGCGUCUUGGCGUAUUACACAGACAAAGAAGAGACCAAACUUAAGGGUGUGAUCUAUUUCCAGGCCAUUGAAGAGGUUUAUUGUGAUCAUCUCCGCAGUGCUUUCAAGAGUCCCAACCCGAAACUGACUUUCUGUGUCAAAACCUACGACCGUCUCUUUUGCAUGGUGGCCCCAAGUCCAGAGGCUAUGAGGAUCUGGAUGGAUGCCAUUGUCACAGCAGCAGAGGAGAACACUCGAUACUGACUAGGUUUUUCCUAGGAAAUGGACUCUUAAAACUCUUCGGUUUAGCACUUCUUCCCAAGGUUUUACUGGGGUAUCUCCUUCUAAGGGAAAACCGAUCAACAAGACAUCCAGUGGCUGAACUUGGAUGCUUUAAUGUUGGUUGGAGUCUUAACUACCAUAUAGGGCUUGUUCGGUACCCAGAGUUGCAGCUGUUGAUGCUUGAAGAUGAUGGAUAGGUUGGAUGUUUCAUGGACUAGCUCAGAAGACAUUUCCGAUCACACAAAGUCUGCUGGAGAAAACUUUGAAAAGGCCUUUUGGAAGACCAGGCUGUUGGUAUGGAUUUCAGCCCGUGGCAUAAAAGAUAGCAAACUUAUUCCAGAGAAUUCAGAACAAUUUCUCUGGAAGAUGCCCUUAACUCCAAAAAAAAAAAAAAAAUGACGCUUCUCUGGAAAUCAGA